UCUUAUAACAUACUUUUACAGGUACUUGAACAACGCCGAAAUAGCUCCGCAUAUAUCAGGCGCCAAUUACACGUUCUUUGUGCCGGAAGAUAAAGCAUUUGAACGACUUGGUUUCGAUAGGCUCUCCGACGAUGUCAUGGCUUCACCCCGCGGCAUUAAAAUGUUACUCAAUCAUUUCGUACGGGGACGUCUGUACGAUCGUGACCUUCGGGACAACGAAGUUUUUGAGACUAUCGGUGGAGGUCAUAUUAAAAUCACCCGCAAUCCGGGAAGCAAUGCGACGAGUGUUAACAAUGCCAAGAUUACCGAAAGCGAAGUAUUCGUCUAUAACUUAGGAACAAUGUUCUAUAUUGACGAUAUACUUUAUGCACAUUUGCUACGAGAAUAUGUUUCUAAGCCGACAAAAAUCAGAUCCGAUCCCAAUGGUAGUGCCGUCGACGGUGGGCAACGGAAUGGCGACUACAUUAUUGGUGAUCAGGAUGAUGAAUUCGAAGACGAGAUCAUCACGCCGAAGGCACUACCCGUCCAGAUUUAUGAACUUCCACAAUAGAUGCUAACAGAAGUAAAAAUAAAACUAAAUUAGUUAUAUGUGAGCGUGGUCCCAAAAAUGCUAAUAAUGCUUUCUGGGCCGAAGUAACAACACUGUGUAUACAUUGAUUCACAUUUUGUUCAUUUUACGGUAAUGUUUGAACCAACUUUAAUCUAGGAUUGUAAAUUUUUGAUUCUUAAUCUUAUUUAACAAAAAAUAACAGGAUUGGAAAUAUAAAACAAGUUAAACCGUAGUUCACAACAAACAGCUCAUAUUAGAAAUAAAAAAUAAGUACCCAGAUCUGGGUAGUACUUUUAGAUCGAAUCUAUUAUGCAAUAAAACAUAAAUAUGGGUAUGGAAAAUUCUUUGAAUAGGCGUGAAGUUUUUUCUUCAUUGCAAUUAAUAUUCAUAUUAUGCAUACAUAUGUAAUAUAGUGGUAAGACUUUAAAUGGAACAGGGAGUGACUUCUGAAGUUAACUUUAGAAAAACAUCUAAAACAUAUCGUCUUAAACUUAAAGAAACAUUGAACGAAAAUUAUGAAACUAAGAAUAGUGAAAAUAAAAAAAACUAUUCAGCGACUCAAUCGUGUGAAAUCUCGCAGAAAAAAUUACAUACUGGCAUUGGAAAAGGAAAUACUGUAAAUGUGCGAAGAAAGUACAUAUCUCCAAUUCAGCCAUGAAUUUAUAGCUUUAGAAAAAAUAAGAAGAAAUUUUAUAUUAACCUGAAAUUCGAGUGUUUGUUAAAAAUAAAACAUAAUAAU